AUGAGAUCAAGUUUGAUUAGAUAUCGAUUUCUUAAAUCAAAGGUUCCAUCAAACCGGUCUAUCCCGAUUCCUGGACCCUCAACAUGUCCUACUACUACUCAGUCAAUUAAGACUUUUCUUCGAAGUGCUUCAAACUUGAUAACCGAUCCAUCAAUACUUUCGAUCGAAUAUGAUCGAUCGGUAAACGAAUCGGAACUCGACAUAGAAUCUGCUUCCUCGAGUUCACUUCCAGAUCCAGUUCCAGUCGAAUCUAUCUCGUCACAGCUUCGAAACCUCUUAUCACCCUCACCUUCAACAUCUCCAGCUAAACGUUCCACACCACCUAGAGAAUUAGCCUUCCUCUUGCCAUCGGCUCUUUCCCCAUUACUUUCAACCUCUACGCGGGAUUACCUCCGAUACAUAUCCGAACUUCUUUCCGAUCCGAUUACUCCUGCCGAUCAACUAUGGAGUGAAUUAAACCGAGUUCAUGCUCUUGGUUUAUUCUCUCAUCUAGCACCUGAAAUUUUUCCUCAUCUGUUCCAUCAUUUACCAUGUGAUCCAGAACAGAUACGUUGGAAAAGAGGAGGAGAAUUGAAUCAACCUAAAAAAAUCGAACAAAUUCAUCUUAGGAUUAUUUUUUUAUUAGAUCGACUUGCUGAACGUAAAUCAAAUUCAUUAGAAGGAAGUUUACCUUCCACUUUUAAACUUUCGAUUUGUCGUACGGCUAUACUUGAACAUUAUGCUUCACUUGGAUUUUAUCGUGGUGGUUCAUUGGUUUGGGAUAUAUUGAAUGAUAAUGGUUUACCGGCUCCUACGGCUACUGAUCAGGUUUUACUAUUGUAUUGCAUUCGUCAAAAUAUGAUUGGGCUUAGUUGGCCAGACGAACGUCCUUCAAAACCAUAUGGAACAAGUCCAUCAACAUCUACUAGUCUUCCGCAAGCUGAUAGUGGAUCACCAAAAGAGAUUGAAAGAAUGAUUGAUCGAGCUAUCCAAAUCGCAACCCAGCUUUUAUCUGAACCUACAACACUCGGCACGAAAGCUGAAUCCUUGAUUAUUCGAUGGUCAACUGAAAUCUUAGCUUGUGCUUCUCAAGUUGAUAAAUUAGAAGAUUGGUUAAGGACUCAACUUGGAAUUGAACUUCGAUACCCGGAUUCAGGCUCACAUUGGUUAGAUGGAUCGAUUACUAGUGCAGUAAUUCGGAUGUGGAGGUCACAAGGUGAAUUAGGAAAGAUGAUUACAUUUUAUCAAGCUGCUGUUGAACCAUCAAAAGAAAUGAAAGCCCGACUUGAGAAAAAGAAUAACGACUUGAACUUUUUCUCUUCGGUUCCUCACUCUAUACCCAUUCCUACUACAGGGGAGGAAGUAAUUCAGGAAAAGCCAGUUGAAAAGAUAGAGUAUGUGACCGAGUUACCGAUUACAACUAGAACUUAUCAUGACCUUAUUACUGCAUGUGUUCAAUCGGAUCGAAUUCAUCUCGCUUUACAUUAUUUAACUCAAGCUAUUGAAAGAACUGAAGCAUAUGUAACACAUCUGUCAACUAUACCAACCAAUACCAAAACGAAACCACCUAAACCCCCUCUACGAUUACAACCCGAUACUUAUCAAAUCUUAAUCCGACAUCUAUGUCGAAAAAGGAGAAAUACCCAACUCCAAACAGUCCAAGCUCUUAGUCGAAGAUUAUUAGAAAGUAUUGUAAAAGAAAUAGAAUGGUAUCAUCUUCAUUCAAAACAUUUAUCAGAAAUUAGUUCACAAGGAGAUCAAUGGGAUGGUUUACUUGAGAAUAUAAUACCAAAAAAUCAAACUGAAGAUCAAAUUCAAGAAGGAUAUAGAGGAUUGGAGAUCGAAGUGUUUAAACCCAGAUUUGAAAUUGAAAGAAUUUAUCAAUCAAAGGCUUUGGAUUUAACUUCGACAAAUUUAAAAGUUUCAAAAGAAAGAAUCUCAUUCUUAGGAAAAACUUUAAGACAUACAAUUAAAUUAAAUGAAAGAUUAAAUACAAUGAUCUUGAGAGUAAAAGAAGCAAGACAAAUUAGAUGGGAAUUAAGUCAAUUAAAUUCAAUACAAAAGAAAGUCAAAGAAGUAGAAGAAGAAGGACAAAAAGGAAGGUUUGAAAAGAAAUUGAAAAAAUGUCAAGAUAGGAUUGAUAGAAUGGUUAAGGAAAGGAUGAAAGAUAGUGAGGUAUUUGGGUAUGGACAAGAAAGGAAUGUGUUUGGUAGAACUAAGAGGAGGAUUUGGAGUGCUAAACAAGAGUUUUGA